AUGACACCAAAAUUGAACGGCCAAUCUCGUUCGGAAAAUGAUAACCGGUGCAAUGAAGAGAGGAGCAUCACUCCGAUAAUCGAUCAACACUCGACCGAUCACCCUGAUUUCGAAUUUGAUGAUCCUAGAUGUAUCAGUCUUGCAACCAUCAACAACCAGUCGAACGGGAGCCUCGCUUCUGUCGACCACUCUUCACUGCCCGGUAAGGUGCACGAGAAACGCAACAGGCAUGUAUCAGAAAGAAUUAAGGAAAUUGACUGGUCCGGAUCCUGGGCAUGGGAAAUCGGAGGUGCCACUCUCAGUUUUAUUUGCCUCGGCCUCUUAAUGGGAUUCCUAAGAUAUGUGGGCGGGAUGUCCUAUGCUAAAUGGCAAUAUUCUGUCUCACCAAACGCAGUGAUCUCUGUAAUAACCACUUGCAUGAAGGCCUCAAUGUUGGUACCGCUGUCAGCCUGCCUUGGCCAGUUGAAGUGGAAGCAGCACGCAGGGGAAAAAUUAACACCAUUGUAUUCUUUCCACGUCCUAGACCAGGCUAGCCGCGGUCCUUGGGGCGCAAUGGAGGUAUUCUGGAGAAUCCGGUCGGGAUUGGCGAUUGCGGGUGCAUUGCUGAUGGUUUUAUCAGUCGCUAUUGAUCCCUUCUCCCAGCAAAUUCUCGUCUUUCCAUCGCGCGAUGUGCGGGCGGCUGAUGUGACCGCGUCUGUGCAAAGGGCCUUGGAAUAUCGACCGGUGUGGAACAUACCAACAAGUGACUGGGGCGUCUUGGAUCCCACCAUGCAGAGUGCACUCUUGAACGGACUGGCGAGAAUCAACAGUCCCCUUGACCCAGUGUGCCCCUCAGCCAGCUGCACUUAUCCCGACUUUGCCAGCCUGGGGAUCUGUAGUAAGUGCGAAGAUAUCACAAAAGAUGCCAUCCAGACAUGCAAACCAAUCGCGGAGAAUUCCUCCUUCUGGGAUAGGAGUGCAAGACAGUCGCGUGGGCCCUUUUUAUCGACCCCGUUCAACUGCUCUUACUCCUUCCCCCACGGGUUUACGUUCACGCCUUUCAUCACCAACAUGGUUCUUUCAUCCAACAACGAGCUCUACGUAGCACACGUCGUGGUUUCAUUUUUUAGCGCUAAAUUCUCCCGCGACCUCACCUACACCGCUAGCAAUGCUAGCGCAGUGGAUAAGAUUCCCACAAUGACCAACUGCACUGUGUUUUUGUGCGAGAAGCAAUACCCUAAGAGCCGUGGUACCAUCCAUAGCAAUACCGUGGAGCCAUUACGAAUCCAACCUCUCCCGGUUAGGAACGUAACAGAGUGCAUCCAAAGUGAAACCUGUCUCCUUGCUCCUGCGCACGGUGCCAAACCAUUCUCCACCAACUCCACCUACAUCAUCGAAUACAAUACACUCACCCAUCUCCGGAGCUUGAUGAACAUGUUGUUCAAUACGAGCCUCACUCAAACGGACGGAACACUUCAGCCGGGUAUUCAGUCGUCCUCCUUCCUCUUUAGUAGUGACAAUAUCACACAGUCGAUGGAAUCCAUGGCCACUAGCAUGACGGACCAUAUCCGGUUAAGUGACGAGAGCUCUGCAGUGCGUGGGUGGGCUUAUCGAGUUGAGACGUAUAUUCAUGUUCGCUGGCCUUGGGUGAUUCUUCCUGGAAUAACGGUAAUUUUAUCAAUCCUGCUAUUUAUCGCUAUGGCGUGGGAAACACGAGGCCAUGCUAUCCUGUGGAAAUCCUCUGUGUUUCCACUCCUUCUCGGACGGCUGCGGGUCUCCCCAGACCAUGACUUCUCGAUUACGCGUCCACUGGGCAAGUUGAACGCUGAUUCGCAGAAGAUCAAGGUAAUUUUGGAGGAGGAGCAGGGGAAUCUUCUUUUUACUGAACGAGAGUGA